AAUUUCAUCCCUCCACCCUAGAUUUGGCUCCAAUCCUUCAUCAAUGCAUCAAAGACCUCUGGUGACUCACCACCGACAGCUCACCACAACGCGUCAACAACUCCUCUCCCUCGCGUUCCCUUUUCAGCGUUUUAUACUAUUACGGAACCCUCCCAUUUCUCUUCCUCUUCAUCUCCCAUGCGGUUUCUCUCCCUCUCGUUUGGUGGGCUGUGUUCUCAUUCUCGGUAAGUUGGGGCAGCUUAUGGGUGCACACGGAUGUGCUAAAGUUUGCACUUUUUUUCUUUCUGUUUUGUAUUCAGAUGUUUAUUUGUCUGUUAAUGAUGUUGGGUGAUACUUAGAAUACCUAUGACAUUGUGAUUUUUGUGGUUGUAUGUGUUUCUUUUGUUUUGAAAAAGUUUACUGCAUGCCAUUGCCAAGUGUCUCCUUGCACACUUUUUGUUUUCUUUUACAUUUUCAGUAAAAGACUGUGCAUUUAUGGAAGGUUGCUCUUUCUUUAUCUUGAGGUUGUAAAUUGAUUUCCUUUUGGUGGUAAGGAGUUCUGAUCUGUAGCUUCGUAAAGAUUACAUGGUAAUUGCAAGAGAGUCUUAUCCCACAAUAUAAGAGUAAUAAACUAAUAGCUGAGAAGUUAUAAAUCCAUGAAACAAGUAGUUACAGUUAGGAAGGUUAUUUAUUUAGGCCAUCUUGAGUAAAAUAAAGGGUUUUGGACCAAGAGAUAAGAAAACUUGCUGGUGGAAUAAGAGUUUGAGAAAAGAAGCAAAAGGAAGGCCUUAAAAAGGUUGAAAAUUGAGCAAGGUGAGGGUUUUUUUUUGUGGCUGUUCAAGAAAAAUGGCUAAUUACCUUAUGUGGUUUUUUUUUUUUUAAUUGGUUGGGUCACUUUUGAGAUAAAUCCUGGACAUAAAGUGAUGGGCAGGAGUCGUGUUACAGUUUGAUUAAUAAGCAAAUUAGAAAAUUUGGUGCCUUUAAUCCCAUUCAGUUUUCUUUUCAUUGGAUAAGUAUUUCAUGCGGUAUUGCUGUCGUGCCUAUUGUAUUCUAUGCGGUGCAUUAUAAUUAUAUUUUGUUAGGCCAUUAAACUUUUGUUCAAAAACAAUUGGGUGCAUAUCGCAAAUACUAGUCCAUUAAGAUCCUUGUUUUGGAUUUAUUUUAAAGGAAAACUGUUGCUUGUUCUUUGUUGAGAUGGAUGCGGGAACCAAUUUUUUUAGUGUGUGAAAGUAGUGUUAUAAUAUUAUAUAUAUUACGUGAAAUUGGUGCAGAAUUUUGGUAAUUGGCUAUGUGAAAGUAGUUUUAUAGUAUUAUAUAUAUCAUGUGAAAAGAACAUAUGGGUUGUGUCUGAGUUGCAUUUCUACUACUAUGGUUCAGUGCUGUUAUAAAUUUUUGAUGCUAUGAGUACAGUGUUUGGUCUGUAGGGGGCAUCAAUACAUGUUUUGUACUGUCCAAAAAAAUGAACAGAGGUAACUAGAUAAGUGUACAUCUGUAACCACUUCUUUGGAUGCAUGAAUGUGUUGCUUUGGUGACUAUUAAAAGAGUGGAGGGGUGAACUUUGUAUAUGAGUCUUCUUUAAAAUAGUGGUGUUGACAUAGCAGUAUUCAAAGAAAUAUAAGGAUACAAUCUUUGUUGUGUAAAAAGAACCUUAGUCCUUACCUGCCUGCAAGAGAGAUAAAGAUGCGAAGAUAUUUGAAACGUAGAGAAGCUUUGAUUGCAAACCCCAAAUACCAACUUCGCUUGCCUCACACUCAAAAUAACUGCCAUUCUCAAAACAUCAACAACCACCCUCGUGGUCUUCAUGACCUCGUUCGUCUCUACUUGGCACGUAAUCAAAUUGAACUUGCUCGUCACUUGUUUGACCAAAUUCCAAACCCAAAUGUUGUUUUGUGGAACAUGAUGAUCCGAGCUUAUGCAUGGACUGGCCCCUUUCAUCAAUCCAUUCAUCUGUACCAUUGCAUGUUGCAACUAGGCGUUACACCCAACAACUUCACAUUCCCUUUUCUUCUCAAAGCCUGUUCAGCUCUCCAAGCAAUUGAACUUGGGAGACAAAUACAUGACCAUGUCCUCACACUUGGCCUACAGGCUGAUCUCUACGUUUCCACUGCCUUGCUUGACAUGUAUGCCAAAUGUGGCAAUUAUUUUGAAGCACGCACAAUAUUUGACAAUUUGUCCCACAGGGAUAUUGUCUCAUGGAAUGCAAUCAUUGCUGGCUUUUCAUUUCAUGCUUUUCACUAUCAAACAACUCACUUAGUUGUCCAAAUGCAGUUAGCUGGAAUAUCACCGAAUUCUUCCACUAUUGUAUCUAUUUUACCCACAAUUGGACAAGCUAAUGCCUUAUGCCAGGGGAAGACUGUUCAUGCUUACUCUAUAAGAAAGAUCUUCAGUCAUGAUGUGGUUGUUGCAACUGGGCUAUUGGAUAUGUAUGCUAAGUGCCACCACUUAUCUUAUGCCCAGAAGAUCUUCAAUGCCCUGAACCAAAAGAACGAGAUAUGCUGGAGUGCUAUGAUUGGGGGAUAUGUCAUUUGUGACUCCAUGAGAGAUGCUUUGGCCCUUUAUGAUGACAUGGUGUAUAUGCAUGGCUUAAAUCCUACACCUGUCAUUCUUGCAAGCACACUUCGAGCAUGUGCAAAUCUCACUGAUCUGAAUAAGGGGAAAAACUUGCAUUGUUACAUGAUUAAAUCAGGGAUUAAUUCAGACACAACAGUGGGAAACUCACUNAUAUCAAUGUACGCCAAGUGUGGGAUCAUGGAUGAUGCACUUGGAUUUCUUGAUGAGAUGAUCAUAAAAGACUCGGUUUCUUAUAGUGCUAUCAUUUCAGGAUGUGUGCAAAAUGGCUAUGCAGAAAAAGCUGUACUUAUUUUUCGCAAGAUGCAGUUAUCGGGGACCGACCCAGAUUCUGCAACCAUGAUAGGUUUGCUUCCAGCUUGUUCCCAUUUGGCCGCUGUACAACAUGGGAUCUGNUGCCAUGGAUACUCAGUCGUUAGAGGCUUCACUGCAAAUACCUCCAUUUGUAAUGCCAUCAUUGACAUGUAUGCAAAGUGUGGAAGGAUUCAUAUCAGUCGGCAAGUCUUUGAUAGAAUGAAAAAGAGGGAUAUUGUUUCGUGGAAUACAAUGAUAAUUGGUUAUGGCAUUCAUGGGCUAUACAUAGAAGCAUUUUCAUUGUUUAANGAAUUACUAGCAUCAGGCAUGAAGCCAGAUGAUGUGACCCUUAUUGCUGUUUUAUCUGCAUGUAGCCAUUCAGGACUUGUGACGGAAGGGAAAUAUUGGUUUAAUAGCAUGAGCCAAGAACUCAACAUCUCACCAAGAAUGGCACAUUAUAUAUGCAUGGUUGACCUCCUGGCCCGAGCAGGAAAUCUGGAUGAAGCGUACUCCUUUAUUCAAAAGAUGCCAAUUGAGCCUGAUGUUCGUGUAUGGAGUGCAUUGCUCUCUGCAUGUAGGACCCGCAAUAAUGUUGAAAUAGGUGAACAGGUGUCAAAGAAGAUACAGAUGCUGGGACCUGAGGGUACUGGAAAUUUUGUUCUUAUGUCUAACAUCUAUAGUUCCGUGGGCAGAUGGGACGAUGCAGCACAUAUUAGAAACCUACAGAAGCAUCAAGGUUACAAGAAAAGCCCAGGAUGCAGUUGGAUUGAGAUCUCCGGGGUAAUCCAUGGAUUUAUUGGGGGUGAUAGAUCUCAUCCACAGUCAGUAUCCAUAAAUAACAAGUUACAAGAACUGUUGGUGCAGAUGAAAAGAAUGGGAUAUCAGGCAGAUUCUGGUUUUGUUUUCCAUGAUGUUGAAGAAGAGGAGAAGGAACAAAUUCUCCUUUAUCAUAGUGAAAAAAUAGCCAUUGCGUUUGGAAUUCUUAAUACCAGUCCCAGCAACCCCAUUCUAGUUACAAAAAAUUUGCGUAUAUGUGUUGACUGCCAUAAUGCAAUAAAGUUAAUGACUCUUAUAACAGAGAGGAGGAUAACAGUAAGAGAUGCAAGUCGAUUUCAUCAUUUUGAGAAUGGAAUCUGCAAUUGUCGGGAUUUCUGGUGAGAGAAAGAAAAGUUGGAGUUGCAGGUCUGUGUUAGAAUCAUCCAUUGCCACAAGUUCAUCCUGCACCCCUUGCUGCUUGAACCAGGUAAUGUUCUGUAUCAGUUCAAUAGCACGGAAGAUCAGGUGUGUUUUUAUGAGAAAAGUGUAUACUCUCAAUCCAGAGGAGAGAAAAUGCAUUUGUUUAAAAAACAAUUACAACCACGGUUUACAUUUAGCAUCUGCUAACCAGUAACGAAGUGAGCAAAGGUUCUAGCGGAGGGACAAGGAAACAUGAAUGGCUACUGAAAAGACUAGAAACAAUAAAGAUGGAACGGCCACAGCAAGUUCGUAUUUGUUCUUCAACAUUUGGUGGAGUUUGGACUAGAUCAAAUUUCUUUGAGAAGUGCAUUGAAUAUCAUUUCCAAGGUAAUUUAUCUUUUUCUUUUCAUCUAUUUCUAUACAGCACGUUGUUAGAUCUAUCUUAAUUGUUUUCAUAAAAAGGAUUCAUAACUACAUCUGACGUUUAGCUCCAGCACUUAGCACCUAUAUCUCAAACUCCGCACCAAAGUCUCAGAGUCUCGGCAAAGAAUUUUAAUCGCUGAGUUUGGCGUUUAGUGAUAUGAUUUCUGCUUAGCACUAAGCGGCAAGGUGGUAGCAGUGCCAUGAACCGCAUUUAUUUUUUGCUGCUGUAAAUGUAGUGCACUUUGUUGCAGAUAUUGCAAUAUUAUGAAUGGAUCAAUAUUAUGCUUCAGAGCAAUCAUGUGUGGUUCAUCUCUCUCGGUUACACUGAUGAAUCCUUAUUUGUGGUGUGAUACUCUUCUAUUAUUAUCAACCAGUGUCGAAUAUUAAAACAGUUUUUACUUGAAAGACAAAGGAAGAAAAACAUAGGAACAAGCAACAUCCUGUAGCUUUAGACAGCCCAGGUUUAGAAAAUUGUUGCCUUAUACAGUUAAGGCGAAAUGAAAUUAUGUUGUAAGUUAAUUUUGAUUUCUAGAAUCACAGACAAACUUACUGAUUAGGGAUAUGGUACAAUGAUAUCAGUUUUUUAAGGACUA